AUGCAGUGGAUCAAGAAGAAAUCUCAACUACAAGAUUAUUACCCGUUCAGUAGAAUGCCUGGGAUACCCGAGUCGUUCGCGGAGUAUCUCAAAAAUAAUCCGAAUAAAAAACGUAUUCCUGCCAUUGAGAAGCAUAAUCUGGUCAGGUGGCUCAGUGAUCCCAGCGUCAAGCCCACCUGUCAGAAGGAUUACAGCCGACGCAACUACGCUCACAAGACCUACCGAUGGGACGCAAAUCGUCAGCAACUCCUGGCCAAGGCACGAAAUGGCAAGGAGAGUGACAGGAUUGUCGUUACAGUGGAUGAAAUUCUCCGAACUGUGGAGUCAGUACACAUCAAAGACCACCUGGGGUGGGAUGCAACAUGGAGACGAGUCAGCAAGAAAUACUGCGGCAUCGUUCGACAAGACGUUAUCUGGCUCAUCGUGAGAUGUGGCAUGUGCAAGGUAGACCCUCGCAAAAAAUCAAAGAGCAGCCAUGCGAAUCAGGCCCCGGCCACGGCCACUGCCACGGCCACGACCACAGCUCCUCCUGUUCUGCCACCCACGGUUGCACCCCCUGAAGAUGGGCUUGAAUUCAACUUCAAUGAUCUCUCCCUUCAGAUGCAAGAUUACCCAAACAUCUUCCAGGACGUCACUGUGGACGCCUACGAGAACCCCUAUCUGGGUGUCUUCCCAGACGACUAUCCAGACAUCUUCGAAGAGGGUUUGAUGGAUAUCUACCCAGAAAUAUCUCCGGAUGGCUUUCAAGUAUCCCAAGGUGGCUUCCAGGAUCCAUUUCAGCAAGAAUUCCAGGAUGAUGCGUGGCAGGGGGACCUGACGAACAUCGAUCCCUCUCUGCUCAUGUUCGACCCGAUGCUCUUCCCCAACUAUUCGCAGGGUGAGUCCUCGGGCACCAACAACUACACUUACGGUGAUGGCAACGAUCCCGGCCAAUAA